UUUUUCCCAUAAUCAACCUUUUUUCUUUCUUCCUUUCUUUUCUCUCUCUCUUGGAAACGAAGGAGAGAAAGAAAGAAGUGUUUGUCCCAUGACGACGAUUUUGGAAUAGCCAAAUUUCCUCAUUUGGCUCUACAGCCUGCAGGCAACUCAUCUUCCUUUUUUUUGCCUCUGCACUUCACAUAAAAUUCUCUUUUUCAUCAAUUUCCCAAAUUAAAACAAAAUUCUUUUACCAAAACAUAAAUUUUGGUCAUAGGAAUUUGACAAACUUUCAACGUUAAUUCUUUUUUUUGUUUUUCUUCCUUCUUCUUUCAAGCCUUUUUACACAAAAAGAAAUGGCGAUUGGGGGUGUAUUCUGUGGUGUUGUCCCUUUCAUAUUCCGCAGAAAGCCUUCUCCAUUAAAGGAAGAAGACACACGUAAGACUAGGAGAUUACAUACUAGAGUAAUAAGGAAAUUACCUUCUAUGUUGGUACCAAAAAGAUCAAAAGCAGCCAAAGUUUCCAAAGUGCGCAAUUCAUGUUGGGUGCAAACACCAAGAAGUCCAAGAUUACACAAUUCAAAUAUGGUGAAAACACCAAAAAGUCCCAGAUUGCACAAUUCAAAUGGGGUGAGAGCAACAAAAAGUCCCACUUUUCACAAUUCAAUUGGUGUGGCCAGCAAUUUCAGAAUAAUGACAGGUAUACAAAACAAGAUCCUCACAUUGAGAGAUUUGCUUGAUCUUUCUCCUUGUGAUGGCUCUGAAUCUGCAAAUGAGCUGCUGAUAUCAACUCUGAGAGAUCUACAUAAACUGUUUCCUUCGAUCAAUCCGAAUUUUUCAUUGUCAAAAAUAGAUGGAACAUCAAUACAUGAGAAAGUGCGAUGCUUUUGUGAUAUAUUGAAAUCAAUCGGGCAAAUGUGGACAGGAAAUGAUGAGUGGAUGGUCACAUGCAAAGAGAACUCACACAGUAAACUAAAUGAUUUUGAAUAUGUAUUGGCAUUGCUCGAUGACAUUAUCAAGUUAGCUAGUGAAAGGAUAUUAGAGAUGACGGAUGCGGAUGAGGAUGAGGAUGAGCAUGAGGAUGAGUCUGAGGAUGAGGAAUGUCGGACGAGAGAUACAAGUCCAAGUCCUUCACCUGACGCAUUCGAGAAGAACUUUUCGGAGACUUACUCGAGCAACAAUUCCUCCCUUUCGAGCUCUCCAACUUCAGUCCUCCCUGAGAUAAUAACCAAUGCCUCAAAGAAGAAUGCAAAACCUUCUAUUGCUUCCCCUCUUCUCUUAUCAUUCAGGGUUCAAGCUGUUGGAAACCAGAACCCGAUUGAGGUAAAACACCUCUCGUUCCACAUGUUCCCCAAUGCAAAUCAAGAUUCAAAUACAGAAGCAAAGCAAGAUUGUGAAAUAAUGGACUUACCGGAGAUUCUAAUGACUAGCCUGGAGAAAGCAUCAGAAAAUGGUGGAAUAUUUUGGACAGGUGCAUCAGACGGGCAAGCGGUCCCAGCUCGUGUUACCUUUGAUGUGCUUUUACCUCCAUCUUCAAUUUCUAGGUUGCAAUCAAAUGUAACGGAUCAGUCAUCAGUGCCACCUUCUCCAAGCAUUUUAUCACCAAAAAUCAUAGAAUCACAAAUACCAACACCACCUCAGCCAGAACAUCAACCAGAUUCCUCAAGUGAGAGCGAGGAACCAGCACCAUCACCACCACCAGCCCAUAUUACAUCAGGAAACAGCGUAAUACCUCCACCUCCACCUCCACCUCCGGCACUUCCCGUUACAUCAAAAUAUAGAGCAGUGCCUUGUCCUCCUCCGCCACCUCCCAGGAAAUCAGAAAAUGUACAUUCACCUCCACCUCCACCUCCACCUCCACCUCACAAAGGAUUAAAGGGUAUGGUGACCCCACACCCACUUCCACCAAAGGCAUCAAACAGAGCAGUGCCGGAAGCCCCUCCACUGAAGCCAGCGGCAAAGGUAGCUGCACCUCCACCACCACCAACGCCAAUGGGAAAGAGAAAGGGAGUCGCACCUCCACCACCACCUUCACCCAUGCAAACAAAAAAGGGAGGGGCACCACCACCACCACCACCAGCUUCUGCAGGUGCCAAAAAUCCACGACUUAAGAAAGCAGCCACUAAACUGAAAAGAUCAUCCCAAAUGGGAAAUCUUUAUCGAUCUCUUAAGGGAAAAGUUGAAGGAUCUAGUUUAGAUAGUAAACAAAAGGGAGGCAAGGGAAAAUUUAACGCCUCAAAAGGAGGUAAACCAGGAAUGGCUGAUGCAUUAGCUGAGAUGACAAAGAGGUCAGCAUAUUUCCAACAAAUUGAAGAGGAUGUUAAGAAUCAUGCAAAAACAAUCAUGGAGAUGAAAAAGGCCAUUGCUUCUUUCCAUACAUCAGAUAUGUCUGAGCUCAUUAGAUUCCACAAUUAUGUCGAAUCCCACCUUGAGAAACUAACAGACGAAUCUCAGGUUCUAGCAAGAUUUGAAGAUUUUCCUAGUAAGAAGUUGGAAGCGUUGAGGACGGCAGCAACUCUGUAUUCCAAAUUAGAUUCAAUAGUCUCUACUUUAGAGAAUUGGCAACCGGCCUCACCUGUUGGCCAACAUCUUAGCAGAGCUGAGAGGUACUUCAACAAGAUAAAAGGAGAUGUGGACACUCUAGAAAGGACAAAAGAUGAAGAAUCCAAGAAAUUAAAAACCCACAAAAUCCAGUUUGAUUUCAGCGCCCUUGUGCGUAUCAAGGAAUUGAUGGUGGAUGUUUCCUCAAACUGUAUGGAACUUGCACUGAAGGAAAAGAGAGAAGCAAUGGCAAGGGAAAAAGAAGGAGCUGGACCAACAAAUGAUGGGAACAAAAAGGAAUCAGCUACACAGCUUUGGAAGGCCUUCCAAUUUGCAUUCAGAAUCUAUACUUUUGCUGGUGGGCAAGAUGAGAGAGCAGAAAAGUUGACAAAAGAGCUGGCUGAAGAAAUCGAGACAAACCUUCAUCAUUAGACAAUAUAGU